UUGUCUGGCUGGCGUGAUGGUGAUCGAACCUAGUUAUUGUUUGGCUUCAAUGUAUUUUGUAAAGACUAAAGAGUAAUGUUUGCAUCGCAGUGCCUAGUGAAGUCAUCAACUACUGAAGUGCAAUCCCAAUCCAAGUUUAGGCCAGCCCAAGACCAAAGAACUGGCCCAAACUCACUCUACAUGCAAACUUCAGCCCAAGAAUAGAUUUAGCCCAUUACAAAAUUUCAGCCCAUUCCACCACCCUCACUCUAUAGAGCAUACAAUCCAAAUCGUUGUUACCGCCCUCGGACAAAGUUAAAGAAAAAUUUCCGUCUUGGGAACAAAUUACUCAGAACUUCUCAAAAAAAAUUCCCAUUUCUGUCGUUUCCCCAACUUCGAAUUCCACCCAAUCCCUAUAUUUUCACCUUCAAAACCUUUGAAGAAACAAAAACACUCAGAACGUUACAUAAUAAUGAUGAUGAUGAUGAAGUACUGCUCCACGUCUACAUUACUCUUUCUACUUCUCUUCCCCUCCAUCCCAUUCCCACGAAACGCCGUCGUCGUGGUGGACGCGCGAGUCGUCAGAAAGGCGAGGCUGACGCUCGUCAGCUUCGCCACGGUCUGGGAAGAAGACGGCGGGUGGGUCUCGCGGGGAUGCGACUCCGGCGCCGUCGUCGGGGACAAGGAGAAGGUGGUGGCCUUGUCUUCGAGUUGGUUCGACAAGGGGCGGAGGUGCAACAAGUACGUCAGGAUCACCGGCGGCGACAGCGGCCGGACGGUGACGGCGAGAGUGGUCGGCGAGUGCGACGCGUCGCUGGGUUGUGACGGCGAUGUGAUUGAUGCCUCGAGGGCGGUUUGGAUGGGGUUGAAGGUGGGUUCCAGGGAUUGGGGACGACGUCGUUUGUAUGUUUCGUGGUACGAUGCUUGAUUAUUGAUAAUGCUUUUUCUCUCGUUGUAAUCUGAAUCUCCCUCGUUAUUAUUCAUUUAUAGAUCGUAUAUCCACGAAUGUGUUUCUCUAUUUGGAUUCACAUUUUAUUGCGGUCGUUGUACACGCCUUUUUAAACGAAAAAAUUAAACUCAUGAGUUUGAAGUUUACACCGUUCUAAAAAGGUGCUGCUCUCGGUGUGAUUGUUGUCUCUCGUCUUCUACAAACUCCCACGGCAAAGCUAACAAGAGCCGUCUGAUGAACUGGCCAAUGCAUGCAUGGUCAAUCUUGUCACUUUGUUAGUGCCGUCUUGAUAAGGAUUUGAUUGACAGUUCUAUUUACUCCACUUAAAUAUAUUGAGUGUUAUGAA